CCUAGGCGGCGCCACCGCCACGACGCCAGAGACGGGGCUUGCAGCAAGCUGAGGAGGGCAGGCCAGGGCGUGGGCGGGCGUGGGACCCACCGCCUCAAGCUGUGGUCGACUUGUCGACUUGUGUGGACUGUGUGGAGACUCUGGGCGGCUGCACACUCGCGGGUGUGCACUGUGCACGGAGUGGGCAGACACUGCUGGAGCCAGAGGAGCCAGUAUAAAGGCGCCUGCAAACAAUCAACACCGCUGUUUGCCGCACACCGUCUUUCCCUCGUUCCUGCUUCCCUCCCCCCACCCCUCACUCCGCGAUCUUCACUCCUCCCCCUCCACUCCCCCAACUCCAAAGACAACCCACCCUCGUCCUCUCUCCACUACCGCUACCCAUAACCACCUCCGUUCGCUUUUUCCACCGCUUGCAAUCGCUUCUGCUGCUACUUCGGCCCUGCUCCCAAUCGCUACACACUCUCAUUCGCCAUGUGCGGAAUCUUUGGGUACAUCAACUAUCUGGUCGAGAAGGACAGGAAGUACAUUCUUGACACUCUCCUCAAUGGCCUCUCCCGACUCGAAUACCGCGGCUACGACUCCGCCGGUCUCGCCAUUGAUGGUGACCAGAAGAAUGAGGUCUACGCUGUGAAGGAGGUUGGCAAGGUCGCUGCUCUCAGGAAGCUCGUCGAGGAGCAGAACUUCGACCUGUCCAAAGUUUUCGAAUGCCACGCCGGUAUCGCCCACACUCGCUGGGCCACUCACGGGCCCCCCUCCCGCAUCAACUGCCAUCCUCACAGGUCCGAUCCCAAUUGGGAAUUCGCCGUCGUCCACAAUGGCAUCAUCACCAACUACAAGGAGAUCAAGACGCUGCUUGAGUCCAAGGGCUUCAAGUUCGAGACCGAGACGGACACAGAGGCGAUUGCCAAGCUUGCCAAAUACUUCUAUGAUAGACGCAAGUCGGACAUGACCUUCCCUGACUUGGCCAAGGCCGUCAUCAAGGAGCUUCAGGGCGCAUUCGGUCUUCUCCUCAAGUCCGUACACUUCCCCGAUGAGAUCAUUGCGGCCCGCAAGGGCUCUCCCCUCGUCAUCGGUGUGCGGACAGAAAAGAAGAUGAAGGCGGAUUUCGUCGACGUUGAGUACACCGACGAGACGACUGCUCUUCCCGCCGAGGAGGCGACCCAGAAUGUCGCUCUCAAGAAGGCAAACACCUUGCUUGCUCCGCCUGACAAGUCGCUUCUUCACCGCUCCCAGUCGCGUGCCUUCCUUUCCGACGACGGCCUUCCCAUUCCCACCGAAUUCUUCCUCUCGUCCGACCCUUCGUCCAUCGUCGAGCACACCAAGAAAGUCCUGUACCUCGAGGAUGACGACAUCGCUCACAUCCACGACGGCUCCCUCAACAUCCAUAGGCUCAAGAGGGACGACAAGUCCAAGGAUGUGCGCAACAUUGAGACGCUCGAGAUCGAACUCCAGGAGAUCAUGAAGGGCAAGUUCGACCACUUCAUGCAGAAGGAGAUUUUUGAGCAGCCCGAGUCGGUUGUCAACGCCAUGCGUGGGCGCCUGGAUGCCGCCAACAAGACCGUCACCCUCGGUGGUCUUCGUCAGUUCAUCAGCACCAUCCGGCGAUGCCGCAGGUUGAUCUUCAUUGCGUGCGGUACCUCGUACCACUCGUGCAUGGCCGUCCGUGGCAUUUUCGAGGAGUUGACGGAGAUUCCCAUCUCCGUUGAGCUCGCAUCAGACUUCUUGGACCGCAAGGCCCCCGUCUUCCGUGACGACACGUGCGUCUUUGUCUCCCAGUCUGGUGAGACGGCCGACUCUCUCCAGGCUCUCAGGUACUGCUUGGAGCGCGGUGCUCUCACCGUCGGUAUCGUCAACGUCGUUGGCUCCUCCAUCUCCCUGAUGACGCACUGCGGUGUUCACAUCAACGCUGGACCCGAAAUCGGUGUUGCUAGCACCAAGGCGUAUACGUCCCAGUUCGUCUGCAUGGUCAUGUUCGCGCUUUCUCUGAGCGAGGACCGUGCCUCCAAGCAGAAGAGGAGGGAGGAGAUCAUGGAGGGUCUCACCAAGAUUUCGGACCAGUUCAGGGAGGUGCUCAAGCUCGACCAGCCCAUCAAGAAGCUUUGCGAGCGCUUCAAGAACCAGAAAUCGCUGCUGCUCCUUGGACGUGGUGCCCAGCACGCCACUGCUCUGGAGGGUGCCCUCAAGAUCAAGGAAAUCUCCUACCUUCACUGCGAGGCCGUCAUGUCUGGCGAACUCAAGCAUGGCGUGCUUGCCCUGGUCGAUGAGAACCUCCCCAUUGUCAUGAUCCUCACCAGAGACGCCAUCUUCGACAAGUCGCUUAAUGCGUACCAGCAGGUCAUUGCCCGCUCCGGCCGGCCCAUCAUCAUCUGCCACAAGGACGACCCCGAGUUCCCCGCCGACAAGACGGACAAGAUCGAGGUCCCGGCCAAUGUGGACUGUCUGCAGGGUCUGAUCAACGUCAUCCCCUUGCAGCUCAUGGCCUACUGGAUGGCGGUGGGCGAGGGCCUGAAUGUGGACAUGCCCCGCAACCUGGCCAAGUCGGUGACGGUCGAGUAGAUAAGUAUGUAAAAGCACCUUGGGGAACUGGCGUACUAGAGGUGUAAUUACACUGAGCGACGGAAUCGUUUGGUUUGGUAUUGUCACGACUUUGAGAAUCUCAUCAUGGCUCGGGGGAUUGUUUUGUGCUGGCCAUUAUGAGCCUGGGGGGAUUGGAUGGAGGCCUCUACCUCAUGUAUCGAGCAUGUUAUACUCACUGGUUUAAUUGGAUGGAUUACAUUUA